GAGGUGCUCCAUGAGGUGCGAGGUCUGCGGUGGGGCACAUAUGCUGGCUCCCCUGCUGAUGAACGCCCCAUCCUGGCCCUGGUGCAAACCCUGAAGACACCUGCCACCCCGCCUGGCCUGCCUCUCCCACACUGAGCUGCUCCUGAUGCCGCCUCGCACACACCUCCUCAACAUUGGCCUCAGCAAAGGAACCUCCGGAGCAUACAUCCUGUCAUCACACCACCAGGACGGCAUCAUCCGUUGCCGCCGCCUCAAGGACAACACACCUCAGCCGCUCAUCUCCGUGCCUCCCAAUGAGCAGGUGACAUGGUGCGUGUGUGGCACCAACCAGGUGUGGAUUGGCUUGGCUUCCGGUCAGAUCCUGGUGUACCUGGUGGGCGCCAGUCAUGUUGGGGAGGAGCUGAUGGUGUCCCUGCCUCCCACCCUCCUCCUGGCCCACACUGCUCCCAUCACAACCAUGUACCUCUCCAAUGCUUUCAACAUCUGUAUUUCUGGUGGUAAAGAUGGCAUGUGUGUCCUCUGGGAUACUAACAGACUGUCCUAUGUGCGGAGUAUUGGAUGGAGUGGGGUGGAAGUCUCCCUGCUUGCCAUGAGUGAGACUCUUGGGGACUGGGCUUCUGUCACUCCCUUGGGCUCCAUGGCCUCAGUGCUGCGCCUCUACACCAUUAAUGGGGCACUAGUGGACUCGGCUGUUACACCCGCCCCUAUCACUGCCCUUGCCUUCACUUCAUCACCUGAAGGCACAGCAAUUAAUGUCAUUGCCACCAGCAUGGCUGAUGGUGUCAUCAGACUGUGGAGUGUGUGGGACCUGCGAGCAGUGAGGGAGCUGAAGACUGACCGGGCAAGGCAGCCAAUUGCUUCGCUGCAGUACAGUCAGGACAAUCUCCACCUGUGUGGCAUCACUGAGAGUGGAAUCCUGGUGGUGUGGGAAUCCUCUCUCGUCAAGACCAAGAUCCCAAAGUUCAUCACUGUUCCUCCCGUGUAGUCAUUCAUCAGCUGUUGGGGAACAGCUUCUCAAAAGUUGCCAAAGGAAUAUUGAAUGUUAUCUGUAUAUAUAAUGGGUUCACAAUUGGUAAUGAGGACUGGUGAAUGGUUUUCCCUCAUCUCUUGCAUGUUCUGUGAAUCUCGUCUUGUUUCUUUUUUGUAGGAAAUAAUCUGUACUUAAUAUUUAUUUAGCUUGAACUAUCUUUCAUAGAUGGGAAUAAAUCAAUGCAACUUUUAACAGUAAUUGUUUUUAGCCGUAGUAUAUCUAUCUGUCUGUCAAUCAAUAUAUCUAUCUAUCUAUCUAUCAUCUAUCUAUCUAUCUAUCUAUCUAUCUAUCUAUCUAUAUAUAUAUAUAUAUAUAUAUAUAUAUAUAUAUAUAUAUAUAUAUAUAUAUAUAUAUAUAUAUAUAUAUGAAAAACCUUAUUCAGAGUGUAUGUAAUAUGAGAUUGUUUUAUGCUGUGUAUAUAUUGAUCAGUUAAGCCAAAAAUUAUUCAUUAAUGUAUUUAAUGAGACAUGAAGCUUCCAACAUAAAUUUUAAACAUUUUGUGUGCAUGUUUUUAGUAUGAAGUGCAGUGUUUGUGUAAAGAUUUUGGUCUGCACUACUUGUUUGUCUUCCAAGCUUUUUUUCUGUAUAAAUUUAUAUACCAGUUGUUUUUUCUGAAAAUUGCAAAUAUGUAAAGUUGUAUUCUAUUGGCAGAAAAUAUUAUUACCGUCCUAUUACCAUGGAUGUAAUUUCCUUAGUAGAUUUUGUGUAUGUUGCUGCUUGACUGCAUGAGGAAACAGAAGGAUGUAAAAAGUCCUGAUUCAGUAUUUAAUGAAUCAGCAAGCUCAAGUCUCAGACAGAUUGCAUAGCGUCAAAGUCAGGGUUGUCUUGUGAUGGUCUGCAGGAGACACUGAGGACCUGCAGGGACAGAGGCAGGUGUUGAGUUGUUGUGGUGGCAGUGGUGGAGUUACUGCCUUGCCCUGCCUUUCUGCCUUCAGGUGCUGCCUCUGUGCUCUGCCUGUGUCAGGGUUUAUGCCAGGCAAGUGCCACCCAUCCAUCUUAGCAAGUAGAAGUGCAUGAGGUAGAAGAUUGUAGGAAUAGAGGAAAGUUGUGUUGAUACAAAAAACUAACAUGUUCUCCUGUGUUGUAUUUUUUUCUUCCUAUUAGGUAUGAUACAGGAUAUAGAUAGAUGUAUGUAUAUAUUGUUUAUGAAAAUAUCAUGGUGUUAGAAUUACUGUCUUGAUUUUGUUCAUUAUUUUUUUAAUUUUUAAUCUUUUGAAUAAUUAGUUCUAUGAUUUUUCUUUUAAAAUUUAAUGCACUGUAUUUGUAUUUAUUCAGUCUACAAUGAUGAAAUGCUCAGUUAGGGCUAAGCUACCUCUUCAUUGAUAGACCAAUAGACUCAGCUUAGGCAAAACAUGUAUGGGUAAUUUACGCUAUCAAUUUAUUUAAUCAAAGUGCCAUUGAAUCAAAAGUCAUAAUUGGUCACAUACUUAGAAAUAUGUAGAAUUCAUGAUUUGAUGAUGGUAAUGUUUUCAGUCAUUUACUAGAAAAGCAAUACUUAGGCUGGUAAAUAUGUUUAUGGGAAAGAAAGGAAAGAUUCCAAGUAUGCAGUGUAAUUCAUGUGUAGGUGUUUUUAAUGAGGUGGAACUCUAUAUUCUAAAUGGUAAGGAAAUGAAAUGUUUAUAUUUACUGAAAUAGGUAGUAUGUUACUCUGAAAGUUUAUGCAUUAGAUUCUUAAUGUAAGUUAGUAAAGUGUUGUUAUGCUGUGAGAGGUGUAUUAUAUUACAAUAAUGAACAAACAUUCCAUCUACGUGACUGUGAUCGCAUGAACCAUGCACCAAUGCUGUCCUCGGGUAGCAAGGGAACUCCUCCACUGGGCACAAGUGUUCUGCUUGGCAUCUGUGGGAGGGAGGAUGUGAUAUCCUUUGUUCCUCACAACAGUUGAAAAGUGUACCCUCUGUGAUUCCUGAUGGCUGGUAUCCACACCUUUAACUCUUCCAUUCACCAGUAAGGUGGCAGAUUUUCCUCCUGUAGCAGCAGACCUGAGCUGUCUCCCUUGUAUGUGCUUCUGUGAACUGUUUCCUGGCUACAGGAGUGUAUUUUAGCAUGCAUAUGACAUCAGUGAAUUUCAAUUAACAUUUUAUAUGUACUAAAAAUAAAGCAAAAGGUGUUUGUUUAUGCAUAGAUAUGCAAUUUACUUAAUGUGCCAGUAUUGUGUAACCAAUAACAGGAUAUUUUCAAAUGAAAAGAAAAAAAAAUGUUUAUUCUGAUAGUAUUCUCUGUUGGCCAUUAUUUAUACAAGUAAAGAGAAGAAUAAUAAGAAUGAUAAGGGAUAAGUGUUGCCAUUUUGUUUACUGAAGUUUUCCAGCUGUGCCACCUCAAAGUUCACAGAAGAAUGUGUUAAGGCAGGAUAUGGUGGGCUUUCAAAUGAUAUGAAUAUUGAUAGGCAGCUCCCUGCUGGUGCGUCAUACAUGGUGUAUUUGUGUGAGAUAAGUUACAACUGUUUUGCUUACAUGUCAGUCUGUCCUGGUUAUUUGGUUCGGCAGAUGUGUAGUGCAUGAGAGGGUUAAUGUGGAUGGCUGUCAGGCAUCCAUGUUGAUAGGAUACCCAUUGAUUUUUGAUUGACUGACAUAUUGAAUUUCAGGAAGUUCAAUUCAGUUAGGCAUUUUCUUUUAAAUGCACAUUAGAUUUUAUGAUGUCAAGCAGAAAGCAAUAUCCAUUUAUUCCAUCUCUUGGCUUGACUUCACUGCCAAGGGCCAAUCAGUGUUGUGGAGGUGUGGUGAUGAUGAGGGUUGGUGUGUGGUGGCCUGAGUCAGCCUGUGUCCCAAUCACACAGUCUCUGCUCAUGCUGUGUGACCUUGAAUCUCAUGCUUCUAGUGAGUGUCUGGUAUUCACCUUUAUCCAUGCUAAUAAUGUUAUUUUGUGUCAGUAUCCUGUGUUAAGUUUUUUCCAUGGCCAUUAGUUUUCUGGCUGGGAUAUUCUAGUACCAGUGUACCUUCAAUAGUCAGUAUUGCUGAAUCAAUUAAUUUGUACCCUGUAGCAUAGAUUAAAGUUUUGAAAUUUACUGAAAAUGCAUAUAUUGUUUUCAAAAUAAUUUACAAUUGAUUGAAUUAUUAGCUGUAGAGUAAAAUUCAAGAAAAUUUAAAAUGCCAGCAUGUUCAUUUGUUUCCCUCUCCUAGGCAGACCACACCUGUCAAAUGUUAACAGUGUUGGAAAUAAAUGUUUACUUUCUUUCUAAUGGCAGGUCUCUUCUGGCUAAGUAAAUGUGGUUUUCUUUAAAAAAUUUUGAGUUCUUAAUAAAAAUGACUAUACAUCUUGUCUUGACUUCAGGAUUAUGCUACAUAGGUUUUUAGAAAAAAAAAUGUAAAUAAUCUCAUUGUUUCCAUCACAUUUAUACAAGUUUCAUAGUUUUCAUAUUUUUAUUUGAAAAAUUAAGCUAAUGUAAUUCAAAAUGAAAUAUGAAAAGCCAGAUUAUAGAAACUGUUGACCUCAUGUGCCUUUCUGUUUGUGGUUUCCCUUGUUUUGUCAGUCUUGCUGCAGUUUAGAGAAGCUGCUGAAGGCUGAAAGUACAUUACUCUAGUUUUUAGUAAGAUAACAAACAAGGUGUAGUAACUUGCUGUGAUAAUUAUAGAUUUAUAUCCAGUGCACGAGUACCUUAUGGUUUUUUUUAAGUACUGAUUGAUUUAGCUUAACUAGAUACCGAUUGAGAUUAAAUCUAGUUUCAGCUGAUUAUGACAUAGAUAUGCAAAUGUAAGCUUGGAAUAAACUCUACAUGAAAAUAAA